AUGAAUCUACGUUCUGUAUUUACUGUAGAACAACAAAGGAUUUUACAGCGUUAUUAUGAAAAUGGAAUGACAAAUCAAAGUAAAAAUUGCUUUCAGCUCAUAUUACAGUGUGCACAGGAGACUAAGCUGGACUUCAGUGUAGUCAGGACGUGGGUUGGCAAUAAGAGAAGAAAAAUGAGUAGUAAGAAUUCUGAAUCCGGAGCAGCAACAACAGGAACUGUUUCUGGUACUUCUUUGGCAGCUCCAGACACUGCAGUCAGAAAUGUGGUUAAUAUUGCUCCACCCUCAGGUCAACAGUCUUCUUGGACAUCUCCCAAUAAUGAUGUCAUUGUAACUGGUAUAUACAGUCCAGCCAGUUCAUCAAGUAGGCAAGGGACAACCAAACAUAUAAAUACACAAAUUACAGAAGCACAUAAAAUCCCUAUUCAGAAAACAGCCAGUAAGAAUGAUACUGAGUUUCAGUUGCACAUUCCUGUUCAAAGACAAGUAGCACACUGUAAAAAUGCCUCUCUGCUUUUAGGUGAAAAAACAAUUAUUUUGUCAAGACAGACAAGUGUGCUAAAUGCUGGAAGCUCGGUAUACAAUCACACAAAGAAAAACUAUGGAAGCUCUUCAAUACAAGCCUCUGAGAUGACGGUACCUCAAAAGCCAUCUGUGUGCCACCGACCUUGCAAAAUUGAACCAGUCGGAAUUCAAAGAUCAUAUAAACCUGAGCACACAGGUCUAGCAUCACAUAACUUAUGUGGACAAAAGCCAUCUAUUAGAGACCCUUACUGCAGAACACAAAACUUGGAAAUCCAUGAAGUAUUUUCAUUGGCAGUUAGUGAUUACCCCCAGAGAAUUCUGGGAGGAAAUGCCCCACAGAAGCCCCCUAGUUCAACAGAAGGAACUUGUUUGUCCAUUGCUAUGGAGACUGGAGAUGCUGAUGAUGAGUAUGCCAGAGAGGAAGAGUUGGCAUUGAUGGGAGCACAGAUUCCAAGCUACUCAAGAUUUUAUGAAAGUGGCACUUCCCUUCGAGCUGAGAACCAAAGUACAGCUUUGCCCAGACCAGGAAGAAGUAUGCCAAAUUCACAAAUGGUGAAUAUUAGAGACUUGUCAGACAAUGUACUGUAUCAAAACAGAGAAUACCAUUUGACACCACGGACCUCACUACACACAGCAUCUACUACAAUGUACAGUAAUACAAAUCCAUCACGAAGUAAUUUUUCUUCACACUUUGCAUCAUCAAACCAAUUGAGGUUAUCACAAAACCAAAACAAUUACCAGAUUUCAGGAAACCUUACAGUGCCUUGGAUUACAGGGUGUUCUAGAAAAAGAGCACUACAAGACCGCACUCAGUUCAGUGAUCGAGAUUUAGCCACCCUUAAGAAGUACUGGGACAAUGGUAUGACCAGCCUUGGUUCUGUUUGUAGAGAGAAAAUUGAAGCAGUUGCAACUGAAUUAAAUGUGGACUGUGAAAUAGUUCGGACUUGGAUUGGGAAUCGAAGAAGGAAAUAUCGUUUAAUGGGAAUUGAAGUUCCACCUCCAAGAGGGGGCCCUGCUGAUUUUUCUGAGCAGCCCGAAUCUGGUUCUUUGUCUGCACUCACACCAGGAGAGGAAGCUGGUCCUGAAGUAGGAGAAGAUAAUGACAGAAAUGAUGAAGUAUCCAUCUGUUUGUCUGAAGGAAGCUCUCAAGAGGAGUCUGGUGAAGUUGUUCCAAAUGAGGCAAGGGCUCAUAAGGAGGAGGACCACCAUGCAGUAUCCGCAGAUAAUGUGAAAAUAGAAAUUGUUGAUGAUGAAGAAAGUGACAUGAUAAGUAAUUCUGAAGCAGAACAAGUGAACUCUUUCUUGGAUUAUAAGAAUGAAGAAGUCAGAUUCAUUGAAAACGAGCUAGAGAUUCAAAAGCAAAAAUACUUUAAACUUCAGACAUUUGUUAGAAGCUUGAUACUAGCUAUAAAAGCUGAUGAUAAGGAGCAACAGCAGGCACUGCUGUCAGAUUUACCUCCUGAAUUAGAAGAGAUGGAUUUCAAUCAUGCCUCGCCGGAGCCUGAUGAUACCUCAUUCAGUGUGUCUUCUUUAUCAGAGAAAAAUGCCUCAGACAGUUUGUGAUGGGGUGGGGGGAUAUAUGAUACAGCCUUUUGGCUACCUAACAGGUAUGCAUUUCAUACUUGCAUUCUGUUACCCUGAAAUUCUUCAGUUGGUAAAACAUUGUUGAAACAAACAUUCUGUGAAGGAUAAACAAGAUAUAAUGGCUAUGGUGCAAAAAAUAUAUAUGUAAAAUUGAAAAGCAUUGUUUGAGAGUUUUUCCCAAACUGAUGGAACUCUGGGGGGAAAAUGUAUUUAAUUUUGAGCAGUUUAGUUAUGAAAUGCAUAAUGUCUAAUUUCUGAAAGUUUUUUUUAAACUUUAUAGAUGAAUCUUAGUUUUAGUAAUAGUUUUAACCAGAGACACAAAAACAAAGGU